GACAAAAUGGAUGUCUAGUUCAAUAGAGGCAAUUUUACCUUAACAGUUCAGGAGUUAUGGUGUUGAGAUAUUGAAAAUGAAAGUGCUUUUUACAUCAUAUGGCUGAUCUAGAUGCUGUUUUAAGAGCACAGUCUGUACUGUUUGUGAUUGAAGAAGAAGUGGAAACAAAGCUAGAAAAUCUGUUGAGUCAUACAGAUAUUCUGUUUAAUAUGUCCUGAAACACAAACUUCAGCGAAGACCUACUUUAGUAAAGAUGCAUGGCAGCUUGUUUUAAAUACUCUCAAAGUAUUAGAAGAUAUGUAUAUUAGUAACACUCAGAAGUAUUAUGAUAAGAUUUCUCCAUGCCAAACAAGAAAAGGCAAAGCUUUAAUAGGUCCAGUUGAAGGAAGAAUAUUUAAAAAGUUUUCAAAAAGGACAUCAGACCAGAUUAAAUCAAGUAAAAAAGAUAAGAAAUCCUUUGAUAGUGAUGACAGAUCUCCAUUUAAAGCAAGAAAAGAAAAAAGAAGUGUAUAUUCCUUUACAAGUGAGGAAUUUUCUCCAUUAAAAGCUAGGAAAGCUAGGAAAUCCUUUACAAGUGAGGACAGUUCUCCAUUGAAAGCUAGGAAAGCUAGGAAAUCCUUUACAAGUGAGGACAAUUCUCCAUUAAAAGCUAGGAAAUCCUUUACAAGUGAGGAUAGUUCUCCAUUAAAAGCUAGGAAAUCCCUUACAAGUGAAGAUAGUUCUCCAUUAAAAGCUAAGAAAUCCUUUACAACUGAGGACAGUUCUCCAUUAAUUGCUAGGACAUCCUUUACAAGCAAGGACAGUUCUCCAUUAAAAGCAAUAAAAGGUAGUAGAGAUAAGAAAUCCUUUGAUAGUGAUGACAGAUCUCCAUUAAAAGCUAGGAAAUCCUUCAAUAGCAAAGACAGUUCUCCAUAUAAAGCAAGAAAUGGAAAAAGAAGUGUGGAUAAUUCUUCAUUAAAAGCUAGGAAAUCCUUUACAAAUGAAGAUAGUUUUCCAUUAAAAGCUAGAAAAUCCCUUACAAGUGAAGAUAGUUCUCCAUUAAAAGCUAGGAAAUCCCUUACAAGUGAAGAUAGUUCUCCAUUAAAAGCUAGGAAAUCCCUUACAAGUGAAGAUAGUUCUCCAUUAAAAGCAAUAAAAGGUAUGCCCAUCUCCUUAGUUAUAAAGGCAAAAGAAAUGAAAGCUGAAAUUAUAGAGUAUCUGCAGAAUUAUAAGCCAUUUAAAUCAUUGCCAAAAGUUGGAGAUAUCUGA